AUGAAAACUCAAUAGACCUAAAAGGUAAGCAAAGAGAUAUAUGACUCGAAUGAAAACAGCGAGGAAGAACUUAAUGAAGAGGAGUAUAGAGCUAAGAUUCAGAAGGCUCAGGAAAGAAGGCAGAAAGAGUACAAGAAAAACUAGGUCACCAUCAAGAAACUGCAAGAUCAAACUAACAUCGAUCUGUUUUUCUCUGAAAACAGAAUAAGGAAAAUGUGCUUAGAGCUAUUUGAGCCUCUUAGUACUUAAUAAAAACUGCAUCAAAAGCAAAUUGGCUCUAUGCUUGAGAAGAUAGACAUGAUAAAUUACUAGGUGGAGGGAUAUCUAUAUGAAGUGCAUAAUAUCAGGAAAAGCGUUGAUAUAGUUGACCAUCUUAAAAAGGAGUUUAGAGAAAUGGAAAGAAGAAUUAUUGGACUGGAAUAAAGACAAGAAGAGAGAUAUAAUGAACUUAGUUAAAAGCACUACACAAUGAAUGAUAAGCACAGAUCUCAUGAAAACCAACUCAGGACUACUCAAAAUUCAAUCACCUUGUUUAAUGAACAGUUACUCCAAGUCCACAAAAUUGUUGCUGAUCAGAGGGACAAUGCAAACUUAAUGGUUCGUUAGUCACUCACUGAAAUAACCAGCAGAUGUCAAGAGGCUCUCUAAAAUAACUACCUAUUUGAGGAGAAAAUGUAGAGAUAGAACACAAUCUUAGACAACUGCAAGAAUUUGACUGUGCAUUUUGAGAAGUAACUACUUGAGAUGCAGAGAAAUCAAAAAAAGUGGGAGAAAUAAGCUGAAAACAAGCUGAAAGAGGAAAGCGAAGCCUUUAUCAACAUCAAGCUGAAAAGCAUUGAGGAAAAUACCAUGGAUUUUAACAGAAUAAUCAGCGAUGUCAAGUAAGAAUAACUAGAGAUUGAAAACUACAUAUCAAAGUACUUACCUUACAAUAGUAUGGUUGAAGUGAUGAGAGCAUUAUUCUAUACUGUCAAAGAUAAUAGUUUUUACAAUGAGCUGAUUGAUUAUUCAACUGCAAUCAAGAAUAAAUUUAAAGAAGAAUUAGGCGAGUUGACUAGCAGGCUUCACACACUUAACAAAAAGAAAGUUGAACUCCUUGAAAUUCCGCAUAAGAAGAAGAUAGUUGUAUAAGAACUAAAGUUUCUUUGUCCUCACUAUAAAAAAGAAUCCAAAGAAGAGGCCAAGCAUAGAGCUAAAAUUGACAGUAUGCAUAUUGUAGCACCUUAUACUACUAUUACUGACAAGGUUAAGAUUUAGAUAAGAAAUUCCAGAAGGAAAGCAAGUGCUCGGAUUAAGAAAACUUAUUAGAAGCUAGAUAACUUUUCAUUUUUGAAUGAAGCAAUAGUAUUGGCAAAAGAUGAAACCAGGUUUCACUACUUUGGAAAGGAAAUCAAGUACAAGGUAGACUUAUCAAAGCUUAGUCCAAUGAAUGAGAUGAUAGAAGAUGGGGAGGAUGAGGAGAGUGAGAUUGAAGAUCAAAUUAAAGCACAAUAGUAAAUGCAGAAUUUAAAUUCAUAAAAUAGAAGUCCAAGUAAGAAUUUAAACUCAAGUCUGAACUAGACUAAGACAUAAUUGAGUGGAGUAAAUAAGACCUAAUUUGAGCCAAAUUCUACAAUGUAUAGAUAGUAAUAAGAGUAGUAGAAAAAUUAGCAUGCACAGGCAUUGUAAAACAUGUAGAAUUACUAAACUGGACUUAAUUAGAAUUAGGCGGCAAUUAAUGGAGUAGGAAACAGAAGAUCUACUAUCAGAAACGUAUAGAAUAUUGUGUAGUAAACUAUCAUAAAACAAGUUACAGAUGAAAAAUUAGUUCAAGAGUUGGCAACUCUUAAACGAGUAACUGAUUAUCUUAAGAAGGAGGUACAAAGUAUGAGUGAUGAGAUGCAAAGAGGAUUUAGUGACUAAAAGAAAAAUCUAAAGACUACCAUAAACGAUUUUAAAGAGAGUGCGGAAGCGACUCUCACAGUUAGAUUGGAGAAUAUUCAAAGUGUAUUUAAGUAAGAAAUAGGAGAAGCCAUAACGAAUUUUCAACCAAUUAUCACAGUAGCUCCAACUAAAGAUGAAAGUGAUUUGGUCCAGUAACAGCAAUAAAAUUAAGCUAAAUAGCCAUUGAGCUUGUAGUAAUAAGCUCAAAAAUAAGUUUAGUAAGAAUAAAAUCAUUAAAAGCAGGGUAUCGAGGAAUCAAACACAAAAGUAGAUGAGAAUCAAAUUAAAAAGAUUGUUAUGUCUCAAUUACAAAGACUUAAUCAUAGACUUCAAACUCAAAUAGAUGAUAUAAAAGUUGUUUAUGACAAGAAGCUUAAGGAAGUUCAAGCAUUUAUCAAUGGUAUGGCUAAUUAUGAAAGAGACAUGAAGAUGGCCUAAGCAUAGAUAAAAUAACUCUUCAAAGACAAUAAAUAAUCUAAUGACAAACUUGGAGAAUAGCUAUUCAACUUGGAUGAGAAAGUCUAGGAAAAUGAGUAGAAAUUUAAGCAGGAGUAGAUAGAGAAAUCUCUGGAAAUAAGAAAGAUUGCUAAUGAAUCAGAGAUGAAGUUUUAAAAGCAACUUAUGGAUCUAGAGUAAUCCUUUGUACAUAAAAUUCAAGAGGGAAUCAAAAUCGCUUUUCCAGCAUUUAAUAUUUAAAUCAUGGAGCAAGUCAAUGAGCUUGUUACUACUCUAAGAUAGAUAACACAGAAGGAAAUGUAGGCAUUAUCAGAUGAAUAAACUUUGAAAAUAAGAGAAUUAGAGAAACAAGUUUUAGGUUUCGAGGUUAAAACAGCUUAGGAAAAAGGUAAAAGAGAAAUGGAGGACAAGCGAAUCGUAGAGCAAUUUGAUAUCAAGAUGAAAGAUCUCUAGCAACUCAUUGAAAUAAAGUUUCAGAGGAAGCAGAAAACAAAGGUAGACUUUAUGAUAGAGAUCAGGAACAUGCAUUAACAGAUGAAAGGCUACAAUGAUAAAUUCAAAGAAAGUCAGAUACAAUCUGAGAUAAUACUGGAUAUGUUUCACUUCAUCAAGAUCCUUGAACUUGAAUUAUCCAAGCUUAGUCAUUUUUAAAAAGUUAGCGAUUAGAUUUUUGACUUAUAAGCAGCAUAGAUAAUGGAACAGUAAUAGGCUUUGGCAAAUUAAGCUAAUUUUGCUGGGGAUAAAUCUCCUAAGAAGCCAGUAUUAUUGAAUUAAGAGUCAUUAAACUUUUCCCUUAAGGAGGAAUAGGCAAAAAGAUUAUCAAUAAAAGACUCAAAUUAGCCAUCUCCAUAGGUUAAAAUUGAAAGGUCUUCUAUAUACACUGAGUCUCUCAAACAAGGAAUAGAACAUUUUGAGAGCAGGGCCUCAUAACUCAAAAUGCUUAUAAAGAAUUAAUUGAAAGAAAAGAGCAAGAAUUUCAAGAGUAAUCAUGAAGUAGAUGUCGAGAUAGACUACAUUACAGAUCAUCUCAGCAGACUUACCUCAGACUAGAUAAUGCAAAUUAAAAUAAACAAUAUGAAAUAAUCUAAGGAGAGGGAGCGCAGGCCAAGCAUUUUCAAGUAAACUACUCAGAGAUUGACUACUCUUGAGAGAAUGCUAUUGACUUCAAAUACAUCAGGCAAGCCUGAAAAAAUUAUUUCAAGCGAAGUCGCCUCUAAAAAGAACUUGAAUAACUCAGCAUUGCUAUCAAAUAGAUAAGAAGUUAAUAAUAGUGGUGAGAUCCCCAAUCCUUAUUAGCUUUAGCAUAUUAGGAGAAAAAGCAUACUAAGCAACAUGCCGCAAAAUCACCAGUCUGCUUUUAAUUCUAACCUUUCACUUAGUGAGAACAAAAAGAAUAGAGAGCGAGACUUAACUCCGCUGUAGGUCAAGUCUUAGUUUCUAAGUGUAAACAGCUAAGCUAGCAUUAAAGCUCAUAACUCUAGAAAUAACCUUUAGCCUCAUUCACUCUAUAACAAUAGUUAAAACAACAAUUAGAAUCAGCAUGUGCAGUCAGAGUCUAGGAUAAUGCCUAAGCUCCUUACAGUAGAGAGUAAAGCGCUUUCAGAAAGAAGCUUUGAUGGCAUUAACUCAAGUAGUACUAUUGGCUAUGAGAAAGACAAAAAGUUGCCAAGUGUCAUACUUACGUUAAAUAACAAGCAAGUGAAAAAGCUGCAUUGA